UGACGUCCACCUGUGAACCACUAAUGGAUCGCUGUCUUAUUUGAGGGUCGGCUUUGGGCGGACCACUUGGCGUUGCGAAGAUGGGGGUGAAAUUGGAGGUGUUUCGGAUGGUACUGUACCUCACUUUCCCCGUGGCUAUGUUCUGGGUCUCCAAUCAGGCCGAGUGGUUUGAAGACACUGUAAUACAACGUAAGAGGGAGCUGUGGCCACCUGAAAAGGAAAGCCAGCGUCAAGAGCUAGAAGAAUUCAAAGAGCGGUUACGGAAGCAAAGAGAGGAGAAACUCCUUCGUGUUGCCCAGCAGAACUCCUGAGGCCUACUUAAAUCCCAGCCCCCUGCUUCCCCUCACCCCCCACCCUGAAAUAACACAUACUCAGUUCUUGGUU